CUCUGACCUAACAGGGUCCAAGGUCCAAACACAAGGCUGCAGCAUUCUUACACGUCUCCUGUUUGUAGUCUCGAAUGAUGAUUUGAACUUGCUGCUCACUUCUUCCACGACUUUGCUUCAACUAACUCAUCACCAUGACUGACAAAACCACCUCCAUCACAGAUCUCCCGCUCGAUAUUAUCGUCCUCAUAUUUCCGUAUUUGGACGCGAAGAGCUUCCUUUCUCUCUGCAGCACAUGCAAGGCCCUCCAGCAACCUUCGAUCCGGCUCGACCCAGCCUACUGGAGUUUUGCCACACGCAGUACUUUUCGCGUACCCAACCAACCAGUUGUCCAACAUGAUGGGUUGCGGUGGCAGAAGUUAUAUCGACGCAUGCUAACUCAGAGUCACGUCUACACUUGGGGUCAUAAUGGCCAUAAUCGGCUUGGUCACAGCUUCAGGGAGGCAAUACCUGGGGGUUCCAUGCUUUUGCCCAGACGACCUUUGCCUAGGAGGCUCAGAGGUCCAGUCAAUUGCUCAUUUCCUACCGAAAUGGAGGACACUCGACAACUGGGCGUCAUUGCAGAUAUGCAGUGUGGUGGCUGGUCGACGACACUUCUCAAUGCGGACGGUAUACUAUACACCGCUGGAAUGCUUGAUGGUCAAGUUGCCUUAUCUUCGAACGAAGGGAUGAGACGGCUCACAUUUCCUACUGGAUUUCAAUAUUCGAUCAACGACCCCGAAGCUCACGAGCCUUCUAUCGCCAUCCGUCAGUUCUCGGCAGGACGAUCACAUAUACUUGGACUUUCUGACACCGGGAAGAUCUGGUCAUGGUACAAUAGCAAGAAUGCUGCACUACAAGUCAAAUUCGCCCACGUGGAACUAAAUGAGCAAGCUGAAGAAGGCGCACUGGCCAACAAGGGUUUAGCUUUCGGACAUGUCAGGCAGGUCGUGGCUGGGUGGAGCCGUAGCUCUGCAUAUGUUCAAGGUGUAGGCAUUAUAGUGUGGGACGUGGUUCAACGAGGCUCUCACGAUAGCGAGAUGGAUACCAUGCUCGUACUGGAAAAUGCCGAGGUGCCGAAAUCCGGUUAUCGACGUCCCAAGGGGAAAGAGCGGGAGACCAAUGAUCAGAGCGCUCUUGGUGAAGAAGUCGGAGUGGUUGUCAACCAUAUAAUCUUGGAACACUUUGUCGUUUUCGCUACUGAUAUCGGCAAAGUGUUUUGCGGCCUCUUCGGUGACAAGAACAGGGUUGAUCAAGUCCUGGAGCUAAGCGAUUUGAGGAAUGAGCACAGUACUGCUAUAGAUAUACAGGGCUCUUUCCGGCGCUUCGCGGUCUUCAAGAAUGGCGAGGUCAUCACCGCCGAUCAAGAGUAUCUGCAUCAGUGUUGGAAUGCUCGGGGGACUAAUCUCUCGUUCCGAGGACUCAACAAGAUCCCGGCCUUGCAACACAACGACGUCAUCUCUGUAGCUUUUGGCGACUACCACUACAUUGCACUCCAUUCAGAUGGCAAAAUAACUUCUUACGGUACUGAGUUGCAAGCUUGUGGUGCACUCGGUUUGGGCGAAGAAGGCCCACAAGGUAAAGCCAGGGGUAUUGCUUACGACCGUAUCAGUCAUGAGGGACGCCUACUGUCCCAUGCAUACACAUGUGGACGUCAGGUAUGGUUUGACUCAAGAAAGAAAGACUGGAUCCAGAGUAUCAUCCAAAACGCCCCAAAUGAAAAUGAAGAGGCUCGAGCACGAGCAGAUCGGUUUGAAAAUGAAUUGAACGUUCAGGGGGAGGUCAGCGAGUGGAUUGAGCAAGAGAGUCGGGAGUGGGACAAAGAUUCCGGGGAUGAUGGACUUGGUGCAUACUUCGCUCUCAGAGUCAGUGCUGCAGGUUGGCACUCGGGUGCUCUGGUGCUGGUAAAUGAUGAGCUGGCUAGGAAGGAGCCUUCAUAUUCCUAUGAUGGCAAAUCGUUUCCGCGACUCCAACUCAGCGACGGUACUGAGAUGCCUGGGUCUGGGGAUCUGGACAUCUGGCGACACGGUCGACCAGACUGGCAGCUCGAUGCUGUACAGUGAUUAUGCUCAAGGCCUUUAUCAUACUGGCGAUAAGAUAGUAGUCU